AUGAUUAUUGGUGGAGAUGACAACCUCACGACUGUCACCACACUGCCCAACAUCUUAAAACAUUUUAACCACAACCUGACGGGCUACUCUGUUGGCAUGGGCAGGCAGGACACUCCUCAGGCGUUCCUCAACCAGGCUGUAGCUGGAGCGAAGGGCAGGAACAUACCAUCACAGACUAAAACACUGGUGGCAAGGAUGAAGAGUGACUCCAGAAUCAAUUUUGAAUCCGACUGGAAGGUGAUCACCGUUUUUAUCGGAGGAAACGACGUCUGUGACCACUGCUACAACUCUCUGCUCCACUCUGUGGACAAUUUUGUUCAUCACGUCCGCGACGCCCUGGAUUAUCUACACAAAGAGGUGCCUCGGGCUCUGGUGAACUUAGUCCAGCCUCUCCAUGUUACCCCACUGAGAGAAAUGCAUGUGGACCCUUCAAUUAAAUGCCCAACUUGGCUGGUAAAUAUCCUGUGUCCUUGCGUUAUCUUGCCAAAGACCAACUCUAAAGCUCUUCAGAUGGUGGAGGACAUGAAUAGAGCCUAUCAGCGUUCACUGUAUGAGCUUGUGGAGUCAGCCCGGUAUGACACUCGCUCAGACUUCACUGUGGUCAUUCAGCCUUUCUUCAAGGACAUCGUCGUCCCCAAACUGCCGGAUGGCCGUCCUGAUCGCUCCUUCUUCAGUGCUGACUGCUUCCAUCUCAGCCAGAGGGCCCAGACACAGAUGGCUCGAUCGCUCUGGAACAACAUGCUGGAACCUCUGGGCAAUAAGACUGCCAGGCAGGAUUUUAGUACAAACAUUAACCUGAAAUGUCCAACCAAGACUUCACCGUACAUCCGAACCUACAACAACAGCAAUUACAUCUAUGCUGGUCCAUCUCCGACACCCAAACCUAUCACAGUAAGCUGA